ACCUGUAUUAAAACCAAAACAAUUACACAAAAAUAUGUUUUCUCUGCUUUAAAACUAAAUAUAAUUACUGUCUAUCGAUUCUUUGAUUUGUCCUUGAUGUCUUUAAUGACUUUUCUAUCUAUCUAUUCCAAUAACUGUUAUGACUGGAAAUCCAUUUUAUUUCCAGCUUACAGUGAAACAACAACCAUUGAGAAUUGUAAGUUUCUAAUAACCUAAAUCACAAUAUGUAUAAAAUUGAGGUAUCGAAAAAGCUGUCGUAAUUUGUUAGUUAUUUUUGGUAACACAAAAAGACUCUUUCAAUGUUUUUUUUUCUAUUCUUCAUACACAAACACAGAAAGCAACCCCCAUAUUAGAAAUAUAGAAAUCGUGUCUACUAUCUUGAUUAUUUCUACAGUUGUUAAUUCUUUGCUAUUGAUGUCUUUUCUUUUAAGACCCCUUUUCGUUCACAUGCUGCACAGAUGUUAUCAAAGUACACAAGGUAUGGCCAUGUUUGUUCAUUGGAGCAUAUAUUUAAGUAUUUGUACAUAUUGUAUGUGAUCUCACUAUUUUUUUUAAAUUAUUUUUUCAACUGUAUAAAACGAGCUAUGCGUUCAGAUUGAUAGUUGAUGUUCUAUUUAUAAAGACGCUUAAUGAUUGGCAACGCUUACCACGGAAGAAAAAAAAAGAACACUUGACGGAAAAUGAUAUUGCUUUACGACCCUUCAGUUUAACUUACGGCACCACCGGCGCUGGUGAAAACGAGUCUAAGGUGGAAGUAGGAAUAGCAUUAAAUAUAAUCAGUGACAUAAUUAAAAAGAGGCGUAAAUGCAAUGAUUUGAUCAUAAACAUAGAAAAACUCCACGUAAGACGUGCGUUGGAAAACAUAUCGCGAUAUUACGGCUACUUAGAGAAGAAAAUGUACUUUUUCUGGUCGGCAUGACCAGUAGGAAAGCUAACAGCAGCAGCACCAGGUUUUCGUCAGCCUGAAGCGACUCCGUGACAGUUGAGCUCUGUCCCUUUUUUCCCUUCUGAUUUUGCCGGCGAACGAAUGAAAAUGCCAAUUCAACUGACCAGCCAGGCGUACUGUAAGAUGCUCUUACAUGCAGCUAAGUAUCCUCACUACGCUGUGAAUGGACUGCUGGUAGCAGAGAAGACUAAAGAGAAGAAAAAGGACAGGGACCACAGUGAACCGAUCCUUUGUGUGGACUGUGUCCCCCUGUUCCACGGUACUCUGGCUCUAGCACCGAUGCUGGAAGUAGCUUUGACUAUGAUUGAUACCUGGUGCAAAGAAAACAAUUAUGUCUUGGCUGGAUAUUACCAAGCCAAUGAACGCACAAAGGAUUCUAGACCUAACCAGGUAGCAGAAAAGGUUGCUGCCAGGAUUUGUGAGAACUUCAGUGAAACAGCAAUUGUUAUGGUGGACAGUGGUCGAUUGACCAUCGGCUGUUAUGAGCCAAUUGUGGUUAUUUACGAUCAUCAUGAAAACAAGUGGAAAAACAGAGAAGUGACUUCUGAGACAUUUGAAGACUGGGGUGAGGCUCAAAAGAUCACAUCUGCCCUGCUGGAGGGCAGAUCCUAUGAGAAUCUGGUUGACUUUGACAAUCACCUGGAUGAUCUCAGAAACGACUGGACCAACCCUGUGAUCAACAAGUCUGUUCUGGAUCUUUGCUAAUAAAAACCUUGGGUCAGAAGGCCAGAAAAACCUGGACACACAGAGAUGUUGCUGAAGUAACAGCAUGCAUGAGGCUACCCCGAGCUGAGCAGUAGUGUAGGAACGUUGAGUCUUUUCUAGGAGAAAGCUACUAAUGGAAAGUUGUAAAGUGCUGCUGACCACUGUGGUCAGAACCUCUUAGAGACAGCUCUGUGUAUUCACUACAGGCAUACGUUUACCUUUACAAGGUGAUGCAGCAGCAGAUGAAGCCCUUUCUGUCAUUUGAAUGCAACUUGAUGAUUUUUUUUUUUCUUGCGAUGGUUAGUGUUUAGUUGUAGUUAAGUGUGGUAAAGGUUAAAUUAAGUUUUUGAUCUAUUUUGGUCUUUUUUUUACAGCUAACAGUCAUAGAGAGAUUUGAGCUAAUGGGCAUAGAAACUAUAAAAAUAAAGUUGUACUACUGAUGUUUUAAAAAUACAAAUGCUCUUUGAAAUUUCUUUGAAAUAAAAUCUACCUGUAGAUCAGUUCUUUAAGGUGUUAAUGUUUGACAGAACUGGAGACCACAAACAAAGUUUUUCCUGAACAUUUUAAAUUUCCAAAAUGAUUAUUUGAUUUAAUUUUUAGUUCUUAAAAAAAAAAGAAUGCUAAGGUUUAUAUGUCUGUACUGCGUGUUACAUAAUAGAGUUCUGGGUGACAUGUUAGCUCUGUGGCUUAUGAUUUGUUUAUCCAGAUCUCAGGGAUGUGUGAGUGUUCUUCAACUUUAGACUUUGACUUUUGUAAGGAAAGUACAGAUAGAUACUUUUCUAUUUAAGAUGAGAAAUAAUCAGAAAGCUGUAAUUGAUUGAACCAGAGCAGAACAUUAAUUCUUUUUCAUAAACUUUACAAACUGAAUGUAAAAAACUUUGUUUAAACCCAAUUGUUUUUAAAUGAUUUUUUUGUCAUACUUAUUUUUGGUCAUUAAUAAAUUACAUUGUUUGACAUAUCGGAACAGAACUAAUGAACUAAUAAAAGUUUGAGAACAAA